UUGCGAGCAUUGUUGGUGCUCGCAGUGUAGAACUCUUUUAAAUAGCGUAGAUUAGGUCGAUUCUUCUUUCCACCCCCUCUCUAGCGCCGAUCUCCCUCUCUAUUUCCCCAUCCUCUCUCUCGCGCGCGCACCCAAAAGCCUCCCCGCCGUGCUGGUUCUAAGAAAUGCCUCAAGGAGCAUCUAUAGGAAGCACAACUCCACCUUCCGAUGAGUCUCUGCCACAGGGUGUCCAGGAGCUGUCGGACAUGGGAUUGUUACCUGAUAAAAUAGAAGGGGAAGAUACAACAAAUUUUAUUGAAGGGAUAAACGAUGGUUUUUAUGGUUUACCAUGUAUGGAGGAUGAACAUGGCCGUAAAAUCAUACAGUUCAUAGAAGGGGUAUCACCGGAUGAUAUAGAAGGGGAAGAUACAACAGAAUCUUUUGAUUGGAGUGAGAUGGAUGAUGAGUUUUACUACUUUUUACCAUGUAUGGAGGAUGAACAUGGGCGUAAAAUCAUACAGCUCAAGGGUGAAAAGUUGCAUCCUUCCUCCGAUGCAUCUGACAUAUGUAAUGAUGCUUUCAAGAAGAUAGUUGACCCGAUAGGAUUCUGCCAUCUUUCUGAUGAGUACAUGAAUAUUUAUUGGGAAGAGUUUAAGAAAAAAGCUAAUACAGGGAGUUAUGAUCAAGACCUCUACAAGAAAGCUUUUGUUAAGAAAUGUAAAGGUAGAUACUUUAAGUACAUCAACAAUUUGAAACGGAGGAAGAAUAAACCGGCCUACUUCACAAAUGUCAUGUGGAAGGCUUACACUGACGCCUGGAAGAUGCUCGAGGCUGCUGGCGGGUGCUCGGCAAAUUGUGAACAGGAGCAGGAGAAGGCCCACAGCUCACAUAGUAACGACUCUGUUUCAUACGCCGGGACAACAGAAACAAUGUCUGAGAAGAGUGAUGGGAAGCGUCCUGCAUAUUUUGAUCUCCCUAACAUGACCCGCAAGCGAGCGAAAAAAAAUUCACUGGAGAUAUGUCCGAAUUGUACAGUGAUGGCCGCACAAAUUCGAGAUAUGGUAAGUGCUGGAGUACUACAACUUCCUGGGAUAGAGAACGCAUCUGAUAUUACCUCGUCCGCAUCUGUGGGCCCCGUUGACAAUGACUCGCCUGCAUCUGUGGGUACCCCCGACAUUGACCCUAUCACAUACAAUGAGAUCGCCGAGCGACUGAUAGGAGAAAAAGUUGAGAAACUGAAGAACGAGAUGAGGCUCAGCAGCAAGCUCCAGGUGGAUGAGUGUGUGGCAAAAGUGAAGGCGAAGUUGGAUCAGGAAAUGGCAGCAACGAAGGAGAAGAUUCAGCAGAUGAAGAGCCUAAUUGAACAAUACCAACAAAUGAAAAGACAAAUAGAUUAAAACGAGGCUACAUAGCAUUACAUAACAAACUGUGGGCAUCUACCGUUGUGGACUUGUGGCAGUGAUGCUGCCUAUGGGUAUCGAAUGAGCUCUGAGGAUGCAGGCACUGAAACUUUCAUUGUUGGGGUGAAGCAAAAACACGAAGGACCAUGUGAAGACGAGAAUGAUACGCAAAAUGACUACAUAACACGUUGGCAUUGGAAUAACCUGUGUUGUGUCACAGAUUAGCGGGUGUGGGCAGGCAGCACUACAACGACAUUACUUUUCAUUUUCUUAUCGCUUCUUUUCGUCUCCCUUGCUCACUGUCUAAUUCUAUCUCGUCUCUCUUGCUCUACAUUUUGUCUUGGAUAUUAGACAAUGGGAUGUGGAUUAAUAGAUUAUGAAUAUUUCAUGUAUGAAAAUUAUCACUGAUGAACCUGAGCAUUUAUUCA